AUGAUAAAAAUCGAAGAUCAUCCAAUGGAUUCGUCAACAAGUUACUUAUAUCGCUCGGAUAUGUCAAUUCACUCGGGCGGCACCGCAUAUCCAAUCACCGACGAUCAAUCUGAGGACAAACACGGGUCAUCUGGAAUUAUCGGAUCUUAUGCCACACUCGGAAUUUACAACCAAGAUCGUCCUUCGUGGACUUCUGCGGACCAAUCUGACUCCCGAAUUUAUCAUUCUUCGUCUUUUGAUCGUCCUUACAUCACUUACGAUCGUGCCGCAGUGCCUUCCGAGGAAAUUCGUGCUCCCGUUUAUUUAUCCAGUCAAGUAAUCGACCACAGCAAAGUCAGUCAAAGUUUUUAUUCGUCGCCGCAAAUGUUGAGUAACUCGGAUUAUUCGCCUUACAAACCACGCCAACAAUCGCCUGUUGAGCCAAAAACGUCGCCAAAUCCGAGAAAUGGCGUGAUGUGUUAUAAUAACGCACAACCGACGACAACUCCAUCGCCGAAAAUGACUUCGCCAACGUCAACUACGAGCAAUAAGGAAAGUAAUGCAACGAGUGGCGGUGAAAAGAAGACCGGCGGAAGGAGACAGGAGAAACCGCCACAUAGUUACAUCAAUAUGAUUGUUCAGGCGAUCAAAAGUACCCCGGAUCGGAGAAUGACGUUGAGUGAGAUUUACAAAUAUUUGCAGUCAAAGUACGACUUCUUCAACGGCGACUACAGCGGAUGGAAAAACUCAAUUCGCCACAAUCUAAGCUUGAAUGAAUGUUUCAAAAAAUUACCCAAGGAGUGUGGCAAGCCAGGCAAGGGCCAUUACUGGACAAUUGACGAAUCCGCCGAAUUCAUGUUCGAGGAAGAGGGAAGUUCACGUCGUCGUCCUCGUGGAUUCCGCAAGAAGCAAAUGAUCAAGCCGUACCCAAAUCCCGCGUAUUACAGCAACAUGUCCGAAUGCAUCGGGAGCUCAAGUGAAAUUCAAUCGCCUUAUACCGCAACGCAAAGUUACACGACCUACGAAUGCAAUUCGACGGUGCCAACAAGUGCCGUGCCUCCAACUUAUGUCACGCAAGAAGGCAGUUUCUAUCCGACAAUUGUGACAGCAGAUAAUUUAACCGCUUAUCGACCUUACGCAUCGCCUCCAAGUGCUCCGGGAACCGUUCUUGAAUACGCGAGUUACCCAUCUGCGACAACCGCGCACUACGGCACAAGUCCCUACAACACAAAUAACAGUGAAAGUGGUCUGAAAGUGACGACAUUGACACAAAUGGAUUACAAAAGUGGAUGUGGAUCGUCGCCGUUGCCGCCACACACGCUGCAUUCGUCGUCGGCAGUGCCAUAUUAUGAAAAUAUAAAAUAUGAGAAUUAA